UCUUUAUUUUCGCAGUUGGGAGGCUGUGGAAUCCUUGGAGUUGGCAUCUGGCUGGCUGUUACCCAAGGCAACUUUGCUACCCUCUCCUCUUCCUUCCCGUCCCUGUCGGCUGCCAACCUACUGAUCGUCACGGGGACUUUUGUUAUGAUCAUCGGCUUCGUGGGCUGCAUAGGCGCCAUCAAAGAAAACAAGUGCCUCCUGCUGAGUUUUUUUAUCAUGCUGUUAAUUGUAUUUCUGUUGGAGCUCACCGUUGUGAUUCUCUUCUUCGUCUACACUGACAAGAUUGACAAGUACGCUCAGCGGGACCUGAAGAAAGGGCUUCAUUUAUACGGGACAGAUGGAAAUAUUGGCCUAACUAAUGCAUGGAGCAUCAUACAAACAGAUUUCAGAUGCUGCGGAGUCUCCAACUAUACUGACUGGUUUGAAGUGUACAACACAACCCGGGUGCCAGACUCCUGCUGCUUGGAGUUCAGUGAGAACUGCGGGCUUCACUCCCCAGGGACCUGGUGGAAAGCGCCUUGCUAUGAAACAGUGAAAAUAUGGCUCCAGGAGAACUUACUAGCAGUGGGAAUCUUUGGAUUGUGCACAGCUCUGGUGCAGAUUCUCGGACUCACCUUUGCAAUGACCAUGUAUUGUCAGGUAGUCAAGGCAGACACCUACUGUGCAUAGAUACCAUUCCCAAUCUCUGUGCUUCUCCUCCAAAGGACACAGGAGAAAUCUCCUUCAUGCUCAUUCAUCUGACCUUUUAACCCCUGUUUGUAAUAUAAACUGUGUAUAAUGCUAUCUUUCUGAAGAUUUUGUGAAUCACCCCACUUUCCUGAAAGAGGAGGAAAAGACAAACUCAGUACUUGAACUGGCAAAGGUAAGAAGCAGCCUUGUCUUUAAACAGAAGAAAACCUCCACAGAGCGAUGGUUCCUUUUCAAUAGCCUGUGGCAAGACGAAGGAGGCUGCUUACAGGAGUCUGAUUCGCAAACUGAUGUUAGGAAAAGAUUGCAUGGAGGAAACCUCCGUGAA